AUGGUGCAGGCAGAUAUGGAGGAGAGCUCAGGAGUGCAAAGGCCAAAGCUGCAGGAGGGUGGGCGCCCGCGGUGCGCUCCCAAAACCAGGCACCAGGCGUCGCCGUCGCCCCUCGCAGCGCCAGGGCCCCGCCCCCGCCGCGGAGCUGGAGCCCGAGCCGGAGCCGGAGCCCUAGCCCAGUGCUGGAGGCGGCCGGACCGGGCCGGACAGAUUUCCUGCUCUCCUGUGGGGCUGCGGGCUGCGGGCUGCGGGCUACGGGCUGCGGGCUUCGGAAGAAGUCACCGGCGGCGUAGGGACCUCACUGCCCACGCGCGUCCCCACGACCCUCCCUCGCGCCGGCGGGGACAGCGGGCACCCCGAAGCGGAGCGGGGCGGGCAGGCGCCCGGGAGAUGCGGAGUCGCCGCGGCGGGGCGAUCGGCGCGACAGCACCGAUCCCUGGGAGACUAUAGCCCUCAUUUUCCCUCGGUGAGUACAUGAUUUUCUAAAAAUUGUUUCUGAUGUAUGAUUGGUUUAGCUUAAAACGCCUGGGAUUUAAUUGUUAUAUAAGGUUUAUCUUGUUGAGAAACAGGCCAUAUGGUCAGAGGGUGACAUGAGAAUUUAGUGCCUUAACUUGCUCAAUGGCUCACGUCACACUUCUCAGUAUUAUUAUUUUUUUUCUUUUUGCCUCCUGGCAUUUGAAAUAUAGCUCAGCCACUCAAUGUCCUGAGACGUAUUGUUAUGAGCCGUUCCCACAUGCUUUCCUUUCUCUGUCCUGUUGUUUCUUUUACAACCUUAUGUGGCACACAUUCAACACCCAUUAGUGUGCACAGCAGCACGUGACAGCCUGGUGGGGAUUCCUUCUCAUAAGUGGAUCGGCUGCCAUGGGGGAAACCGCUAAGAGGGUGCUUUACUGAGUGGCACUUUUGGUAAAGAUGCAUGAGUGUCAUGGAAUCUUGUACGCCGUCAGGGUUCCAGUAACAGCCAAAUUCUA